AUGUCUUCCUGUCGAUUGGCUGACAUUAACUACAACUCUCUUCUUUUCUCUCUCGCUUUCUCUCCCUCUCUCUUCCUCUCUCUCUAUCUAUCUAUCUAUUUAUCUAUCUAUCGCUUGCUCUCUCUCUCUCUCUCUAUUGAUCUAUCUGGCAGCAUCUCACUUUCAGCAAUUAAAGUCUCGUGUGAUGACGAUUGGCAUUUGGAUAUUGAUGAAGUUUUACUAAUGGAAAGCCGAAUGAUAUUUUUGCUUAUUUGCGGAGCUUUCUCUGGAUUUUGUUUUGUGGUCGGCUGUACGGCGUCCGUCAUCAAAGCCGUGAGAGAUCGAAAACGAAUCCUGAAAAAAAGGUCGGAAAGAGGUCAAGUUGAAGAAAGAGACAAUGAAUUGAUAGACAGCCAAUCAGAAAAUCUCCACAAAUCUUUGACGAAAGGUGGCAGCAAAACAACCGAAUGUCGAAGACAAGAUUUCAACAAUACAGAACGCCAGAGAAAGCCAGGAAUUUCAGAGACCUAUGUGGCGACUUCGUUUUCUGUCAACGACAUCGACGAAGAAACCAAACACUCCAGCAGCGAAGAAUCGGAUUCGAAUAUCGGGCCAUCAACAACAAAUGACGUCUUUAUAAGAAUGAAGCGACUCAAUAAACGGGCAAAAUUCAGCAUUUGA